AUGGAGGUGCCACCGUCUGUGGAGAUCACCGACGGGCAGCGCCUUGAGACUGAGCAGCUGCAGGACGAGAGCAGUAUGGAUGGAGUACAGCAGAGUGGGGGGCAGGAGACAGGGGAGCAGCAGACAGGGGAGCAGCAGAUUGGGGAGCAGAAGACAGGGGAGCAGCAGAUUGGGGAGCAGCAGACAGGGGAGCCGCAGACAGGGGAGCAGGAGAUGUGGGGAAUUAGAGACGGUGGUCGUGUGUUGGUUUCUGGGACAACCACUGCACCACUGCGUCGUUCCACUCGUAUCACUCGUGGUGUCCCGCCUGUUCGAUACGCUUGGGCUGUAGUGGUUGAGCUAGUGGGCUUGGAUGACGAGGAGGAGGACGAGGAGUGGACUAACCUGGACCCAGACUCUAGUGCGGUGGUGAACGGUUGGAUGGGGUUGAGAGCGGUUGGGAACAGUGUUGGACGGUUAGGUUGGUCUAGGAGUGGCCUGGUGCGGUGGAAUGCGGCUGAGUGCGGUUCUGGUGCUUGUGGGAGGGGUUCUGUGCGGUCGGAUGCGGUUGGGAGCGAUGGAGGGCAGUUCAGUGCGGUUGGGAGCGGUGAAGAACGGUCUAGGGUGGUGGAGUGCGGUUCUAAGCGAUUCCGGGGGGGGGGGGGGGUAGCAUGGGUGGAAUGCGGUUCUGUGCAGUUCCAGGGGAGCUAG